AUGGCGGAUAAAAUCGACAACAAGGCCUAUGGCGCCGACACGCAAAUCGAAAAGGCCAUGUCGAACCUCGAAAUCGACGAGAAGUCGACGGCUGCCCAGAACAAGGCUGCUGCUAUCGAGGCUGAAAAUGCCGAGCACAACAUGACUGUGCCACAGGCAGUCAGGGAAUACCCCAUGGCUGCUUUUUGGGCCUUUGUCAUGUCUUGCACUAUCAUUAUGGAAUCCUACUGUGUUUUCUUGAUGGGAAACUUCAUCGCCCUUCCCGCAUUUGCCAAUGCCUAUGGUAAAUUCAGCCCCGUCGACAACAAGAAGAUCAUCGUAGCCAGCUGGCAGUCUGCUCUCCAGAUGGGUGGACCAGUGGGUGCAAUCAUCGGUGUCUGCUUGGCCGGUCCCCUUACCAGCCGCAUUGGAUACCGCUGGGCGACUAUUUCCGCACUCAUGGUGUUGAACGCCUUCAUCUUCAUCUUCUACUUCGCCAACUCGCUUCCCGUCAUGUUCGUCGCCCAGCUCCUCGAGGGUAUUCCAUGGGGCGUCUUCAUCGCCAACUCCCCAGCCUACUGCAGUGAGAUUACGCCAAUUCAACUCCGAGCUCCUGCUACUCAGAUGUUGCAAAUGUUCUGGGCUAUUGGUUCCAUCAUUGUCACUGGUGUCACCUAUCAUUACAACACAAUGGACAGCGCAAAGGCGUACAGAAUCCCCAUUGCCCUCCAAUGGAUGUUCCCCACCCCUCUUGCCAUUCUCAUCUACCUGGCUCCAGAGUCUCCCUGGUGGUUGACCCGAAAGGGACGUUAUGAAGAGGCCGAGAAGGCAGUCGGACGCUUGGGACGCAAGACCAUGCUCAACCUCAAGGAGUCCGUUGCUAUGAUGCGCCGUACCAUUGAGCUUGAGAAGUCAGUCAAGGACCCCAGCUAUCUGGAGCUCUUCCGAGGCGUCGACCGCUACCGAACCCUCAUCGUGUGCGGUGUUUACGCGGCACAGAACCUUACUGGUAACCUCAUCGCCAACCAGGCCGUAUACUUCUUUGAGCAGGCUGGAAUGAGCACUGACACUGCGUUUGCCCUCGGUCUCAUCACCUCUGCUCUCCAGAUGAUCUUUGUCAUGCUGUCUUGGAUUUUGACCUCGUAUCUCGGUCGUCGUACCAUCUAUGUAUGGGGCUCUCUCAUCAACGUCGGCUUCCUUGUGGCCCUCGGUAUUGCAGCCUCCGUUAGCACGCCAACCGCGGCUAUUGCCAGAGCGGCUUCUCUCGCCCAAGCCUCCCUCGGUCUCAUUGUCUCCGUUCUCUUCACCCUCGGACCUGCGCCUGCUUCUUGGGUCAUCAUCGGAGAAACAUCUGCUAUUCGUCUUCGACCCCUCACAACCGGUAUUGGACGUGGUUGCUACUAUGCCAUCAACAUUCCUUGCAUUUUCCUUUCCAGCUACAUGCUUAACCCCGAUGAGGCAAACCUUGGUGGCAAGUGCGGUUACGUCUGGGGUGGCACUGGUUUCUUCUGCUUCGUCAUGGCAUACUUCUUCCUGCCUGAGAUGAAGAACCGAUCCUACCGCGAAAUCGAUAUUCUGUUCCACCGCAAGGUUCCUGCUCGCCAAUGGUCAAAGACCGUCGUCGACGCCACAGACGACGAGUAA